GUUCUCUAUAUGCUGUGCAUAUAUUAAGAGGUUGUGUGUCUCUUUACAAGAAACAGUUCUUGGGUUACUCUUCGCCAAGUAGGCCUCAGUGUAAGUCCAUGAACAAGCCUAUUUUGGCGCUCGAGUUCUUUCUCCGAACACCUUCGGUGCACACCUUUGGCCGGUGGUCGAGGAACGGCUCAGCGUGGAUGCCGGAGUACAGGAGCAGGUGCGGCCCCGAACACCUCCCGUGGCCAUCGACCGUGAUCGAUGCAUCGUUCUGGUUAAUCGAUCGGAGGCCGAGCUACUCAUCUCGUCAUUGAAAUUAUGGUUCUGAUGAGGGGUCUGAUACAAGUUUUUAUCCUCAAUAGAGAAGAAUGGAGCGCCAUCAACUCAAAUAAAUUACGAAGUCAAUUAAUGCAGCACGUCCUUCCACCAUUCAUGACGACAACCCCACACCAAAUCUUUGAGCUGCAGUAACCCACCCACCGCAAAGCAAGACAGAGACCCGCCCUGAAUGAUUCCGUGGCGACGGGGACUCCACAACCGCCUCAUCUCCCACCUUCCGUCACGGCAGAUGUUGCGCAUCCUCGUGGCCUCACCGCUUAUGGUGAGAUGGGCCUCGUCCGGGGGUCAAAUCUCGCUUGAAAGGCACGGGAGAACUCCCCUUGCCGCGCGAGCCAAAGCGUCGCGUACCAAUUGUUUUCUUAAGCGGUCUUCCAUGGGUUAGAGCCCCAAAAGCUCCCUGCUCCCUGUUCUUCCUUGGCAGGAGGAACCAUAGCAGACAACUACCUCAAAACAAAGUAUAGUGAAACAUUAUAAUGGGAGUGGUUCAGUGAGCACAACAAGUUGAUCCUGGGUGUACUUGUGACAGAUUUGUAAGUGGUGUUUGAUGACUUACAAAUUGUCAUCCGGGAGUAAUAUUCUUUAUCUGUGUAGAGAAAAAGUGCAGCACAUAUUUAUACCCGAUGGUGUUUGAUUUUGUUGUCACUUCAGAGUUCAGACAUAUCUAAAGGUUAGAAGGGGAGGAGGAACAUGGCAUCUCUUACUCCAGGGGUACUAAUAAAGCUUCUCAAGAACUUAAAUACUGACAUAAAAAUAUGUGGAGAAUACCGGUCAGUUCUUCUUCAAGUAAUCAGCAUUGUGCCUGCUUUGACUGGCUCAGAGCUUUGGCCAGACCAUGGUUUCUUCAUAAAGGUCUCUGAUUCUUCGCAUUCCACAUAUGUUUCAUUAUCUAAAGAUGACAAUGACCUGAUCUUAAUGAACAAGCUUCAACUUGGGCAAUUCAUCUACAUUGACAAAGUUGAGGCUGGAACCCCAGUUCCAGUCCUUGUUGGUGUGCGACCUGUGCCUGGAAGGAACCCGUGCAUUGGGAAUCCAAAGGAUCUAAUGAAUAUGUUGGUAUUUUCUGACGCUUCAGAUACAGCCGAUCAUUUAAAGAACACUUCCAGGUCAUAUGAAUUAUUUGAAGGGGAAAAAGAGAGCCCAAAACAUAGAGUAGACAUCAAAGAAGAGAAGAAUGUGGUUGCUUCUCGAUACAUGCAAGGUGUUUUAAGGAGUAAUGUGAAAAGUUCUGGUUCAGAAUCUUAUUCUAUUAAUGAUAAAAUUGAAGAAAAUAGUAGUGUUAUUGAACCAGAGAAGAAGACUAUUCCUUCCAGAGUCAAGCACGAGACUAAACGUCAGGUAUUGCAGCCGAAACCUACAAUUCCAUGUAUUCAGAACAAAACAGUCAAUGAAAAGCAGGAAAAUUAUGUUGCUACCCUUAAAGAUGAUGCAAAACCUCUGAAGAACAUGUCUGUCAAAUCUAAUCCUAUUAUAAAGAAGAUGUCAUCUUCCAACACCAUGUCCUCUUCAUUGAGCAGCAAUAAAAGAAGAGUUGCGGAUGCCAUCCCAUGGGACUCUCUUCCUGCCAGCCUAAUCAACCCUGGGAAGGGAAUGGUUAAAAGAAAAGAAAUAGCUUUUCUAGUAGCAGCUGAGGCCCAACGAGAAGCGGCUACAGCUGCAGCUCUUGUUAAAGGCCUUAGCAUAUUUGCAGAUCUGCGCAAGUCUUCUAUGGAGGAGAAGCUCCAUGUCUCUCUGGCAAAGUUCUUUUCACUACAUCAGCUCUUAAAUCAGCCAAACAUAGCCAUUGAGAAAGAUAACUUGACUGGGAUACCCAAGCAACUGGCUCAAGAAGGAGAGAAGCUGAUUAUGAAAACUGCAUUGCCUAACAGUAGAAGGGUUCUAAAUGCUCCAAACCCUGCAGAGGCAUCCUGCGGAAAUGAAAAGAUAACAUGGUCAAGAGGGGAUGGCUUGAAGGAGAUCCAAGAACUAAGGGCCAAUCUCCGACAGGAAUCACGGUCAUGGUUCUUGAGUUUCUUGGAAAAUGCUCUUAACAGUGGCUUCUAUGCAGAGUCUCGAACGAAGAAGGGUGUGAAGGAUCGUAGCGGAGGGCACUCCAAGGAAUCAGAUGAACUGAUUGCUGUAACACUUUCACAGCUCAAGGAUGCAAGUACCUGGUUAGAUCAACUUCGAAAAGAUGCAGGCACUGAAGCAGAUGGAUUACUCGGGACCAUCGAUCGGUUGAAACAAAAGAUCUAUGUCUGCUUACUUGAACAUGUCGAAUCAGCUGCAUCGGCACUGGAAGUACGAAAAAAAUCGUGAUUGAUGUUUCUUUCAAUUCUGAGCUUUUGAGGCUCUCAGGUUGCAGAAUCCUCUGAAUACCACAUUCGACUGGAAGGUCCUUCCUCUAAAAUGGUGAAGAGCAUUUCCAGGUGAAGAAAAAAAUUUAGCAUCUGCUUGCAGACAUAUACAUGUUUCCUCAGAAAUUGUUCAACUAAUUUGCUGUUGUCAAUCGAUACAGUUUACGCACCAGAAAAACUUGUUCUCUCACUCAACAUGAGCUAUACUUUGUUGGUUGAUCCAAAUUACUGUAUGUCGAUAUAUGACAAAUUUUAGAACAUGAAUGCUAUUUAUUUUGAA